AUGGAGGAUCCGGUCAUUGCUGAUGGCUACACCUAUGAGAGGUCCUUUAUCGAGCGCAGUUUGGAUUUAAAGAAGGAGAGUCCAAUGACCAAGGAGCAAAUCCAAAGUUUGGUAUUGUUUCCCAACCGGGAUAAGAAGUCCGCCAUCGUGCAAUACAAGGAGUCAGUGGUUCAGGGAGUCUUCUCUCUCAAGGAGCAACUGCUCAGCAGCGACAGGAUUGACCAAGCUCUGAAACUGGAACUGUUGGAAAAAGCAGAGCUAUUUGUGCGCCCCCUUCUACCAGAUACCUCAGCUCGAAAACAGCUGGCAGCGCUGCUGCUGAUUCGCGUGAAAUUGCUUAGUUCGAACAGGGACUCGGUCAUUUUGGAAAUUUGUGUUUUGCUCCUGGAUUUCGGGGAUGAGAAGCUAACUCUAGAAUUCCUGAGCGGCAUUUCCGCACAAGAAGUUGCACGCGUGAUUGAAGAACUUGAAGAUGAGAUGUUCAGCCGAUUGCGAGAGACGCAGGUUUUUCACCUUUCCCCAGUGCAUCCGCACAGAGAUGCUUUUGAUCUGGAGUGUGCCCGUAGGCUUGCGAGACGUGCAGGGGAUGAUGUAGAGCUAAAAGAACUUUGGAAUUUGUUACUGCUACAUGACCCCCAGGACUCCUGGCUAAAUGCUGCAGCCGUGGUUCUGGCAUCUUUUAUUGAUAAGCUGGAUGUGGACCUCCCAACGCUUGGAGAUCAGUUGCUUCAUCAGGCUUACAGAUGCCUGCAUAACAAAGAUGUUGCAAUGUCCAUGGCCACUGAGUUUUUCAAGUAUGAUCUGGGCAUUUCAGCAAACCUAGCUUGGCCGCCCAAAGGGUGCGCCUGUAUUCUGAUGGAGGUAGCUAUUCGCACGGAAGAUGAUCAGCGAAAGAUCCGCUUGCUGGCACAAGCAUACAACAUGGACCCUGGGAACCAAUCGCUCCGCUCAACAAACUUGAAGCAUCUUCAUCAGUAUCUUCUUUCAGAUCACGAGGGUGCCAGCACAGACAUGGCCGAGCGAUUGUUCCUGAAACUCAGUGUGGAGAAGGAGGAAAUCCCGGAAGACCUGAUUCUCAGGUUGACCUUGGGAGACAGCCAAUUGGACGAUGUCUCUGCUGACCAACUUCUCGUUUUGGCCCGGCAGAUAGGCCCAAAGUUGCAAAUGGAUGGAGCCCGACUUGCUGCCAAAGCAGGCAGGUUGUUAAGGUCCAGAGACUUGGCAGAGGCACAAGACGCGUUUCUGCUGGCAUUUUCUUUGGAUUGCAAGAAUGAUGGUGUUGUAGAUGGCUUGAUCCAAAGCGCGAGGGACUUCAAGAAAAAGUGCCAGUCCCUGGAAGAAGAGUGCCAACGCCUUGAGAAAAGUUGUCAGGAUCGUUCCGUGAUCUCGUUCGUAUGGGACUUGUCUGGCCACGAUUUCAGGGGCUUUCGAAAGGGCGAGCGGCAGACAAGUGAGAAGCUGCCACUGUCCUGGGGCAUCAAUGCGUGGAUCUCACUGUUCCCAAAGGGAGAGGAAGGAUCGCUUUAUGGUAAGGCAUCUUUGCACCUAGAUUUCGAAAACGUUGCCUGUGUGAGAGGAAAAGUGAGAGGUGGAAACCAGGCUGAUGUAGACUUUGCGCUGGACAGACCAGGUACAUGGCUACGGCGGAAUUUCAUGGACACGUCUGAGAUCUUGGAUGAGAAGGGUGCCCAUAUAACUCUUCAGAUCUAUUGUUUGUCCAACUUCCAACCUGGUGGUGAUGGCGUGCCCAAAGGGUAGCCGUUUCGGGAAGACUGAGAUGAAGUGCGGGGAACAAA